GCGGCGGGCACACGCCUCCCUGCUGUCAACUCAGCAGCAGGGCCAAUUCACUUCACCUUGCGUGGCCAGGCGCGAAAUUCAUUUGUUGCAUUUUCUCCAACGCGACGACAUCACGAACAGCAAAACCCCCCCCCCUCCCCGGACAAGACCCAUCGCAACUACAAAUACUUUUGCGCCCCAAACCAUCGAGUUCGGUUUCCUUGUAAUACGAGAUUGGCCCUUUGCGACUUCACUAGCAAAUACAACGCCAUAUAAAUCAAUUGCGUCAAUCUUCAUCCACUCCCUCGCCAUCGUUCACAGCCCAGAGCAGCCGCCGCGUGUUUGUUAGCUCACCUCAUCCUCCUGCUAUCUUAGUCGCCGUCGCCGACAUGGAGGAGGGAUCCGUCAACUACGGCACGCCCAACAAUGGCGCGUCGCCAAGUGCGAAUCCUAUUCUAGCACAGCCACCUUUGCCAGACAGCACCGCUGGCAACCAGAGCGAAGAUGUACAGAUGGGCGAAGGCCCCGAACCAACCAUCAAACAAGAUGACAGCACGCCGGCGCCCGGUGCUGCAUCCGCCACUCCUUUAGAUGCCUCUGAAGGUGCCGGCGUCGCGGCGACUGCCCCCGAAGACGAAGAGAUGGGUGAUGCGCCCAAGGAAGAGACAGCUCAGAACGGUGAUGGCGCCAGCGCCAACGAAGGCUCCGGCGAUGUCGCCAAAACAAAAGAGCAGAUCGGCAAUGCUGCGCGAGAGCAUGUCAUAUCACAGACGCACGCCAUUAUCCUUCCCAGCUACAGCACCUGGUUCGAUCGGAACACUAUUCACAAUAUCGAGAGGAAAGCGCUGCCAGAGUUCUUCAACAACAGGAACCGUAGCAAGACGCCUGCCGUAUACAAGGACUAUCGCGACUUCAUGAUCGACACCUACCGACUGGUGCCAUACGAGUACCUCACUGUCACGGCUUGCAGACGUAACUUGGCUGGUGAUGUUUGCGCCAUCAUGCGCGUCCAUGCUUUCCUUGAACAGUGGGGUCUUAUUAACUACCAAGUUGAUGCCGACCAGCGGCCAUCGCAUGUCGGCCCCCCCUUUACCGGUCAUUUCAAGAUCAUUGUCGACACCCCUCGUGGUCUUCAGCCAUGGCAGCCCGCUGCGGACCCUGCCCUCGUCGAAGGGAAGCCCAGCAAGGACACCGAAGCGAAGGCUACCGCCACACCUGUACCCAAGAACGAACAGACUCUCGAGUUGGGACGCAACAUCUACGAGGCCAAUGCUAAGAACAACAAGUUGAACAAGACCAAUGGAGAGACCCCGGCCGCUAACGGCGCGUCGGAAGCCGAUGCCCUGACCAAGGCACCUAUCGCCAAGGUGAUUUGCUGCAACUGCGGCAUUGACUGCACUCGGAUCUACUACCACAGCUCACAGGCCGAUGUUAAUUCGAAGACAAAGUACGACAUGUGCCCCAGCUGCUACCUGGAAGGCCGUCUUCCAGCCAACCAAACCAACGCCAGUUACACCAGGAUGGAGAAUCCGACAUACACCUCGAUCCUCGACCGAGAUGCGCCCUGGAGUGAUGCCGAGACUCUCAGGCUUUUGGAGGCGCUCGAAAGGUACGACGAUGACUGGGGUGAGAUCGCCGAGUACGUCGGAACGAGGACGCGCGAGGAGUGCGUGCUGCAGUUCCUGCAGCUGGAUAUUGAGGACAAGUAUCUGGAAUCCGAGAAGUUGGACGCUCCUGUUGGGCUACAGAUGCUGGGCAGUCACGGAGGGCAGCUUCCGUUCAGCCAAGUUGACAACCCGGUUAUGUCUGUUGUCGGAUUUCUCGCCAGCCUUGCGGAUCCGGCCAGCACAGCAGCCGCUGCCGGGAAGUCGGCAGAGCUCCUUAAACAAGGACUGCGCAACAAGCUUGAAGGUGGGGCUGAAAAUACAGAGUCGGAGGAUAAGGGCAAGGAGAAGGAGAAGAGUGGCGACUCGAUGGAGGUGGAUGUCAGGCACGAGACUACCACAACUACAACGACCGUUUCCACAACCACCACAACAACCAAGACAUCGGCAUUGGCCAACAUCCCGCUCGCGACCAUGGGGGCUAGAGCCGGCGGCCUUGCCUCGCACGAAGAGAGGGAAAUGACCCGCCUUGUAUCGGCAGCGGUGAACGUGACACUGGAGAAGAUGGAGUUGAAGCUCAAGUACUUCAACGAGAUGGAGGCGAUCCUGCAAGCCGAGAGGCGAGAACUCGAGCGCGCGCGUCAGCAGUUGUUCCUGGACCGCCUAUCAUUCAAGAAGCGGGUACGGGAGGUUCAAGAAGGACUCAAGGCUGCCGCUGCGGUUGGUGGAGAGCAAGGCGUCAAGUUGGCCCAAGAGGCGUUGACGGACGGGCAGCGGAUGAGUUUCCACGCGCCACCGGCGGUAGGAUCAGUCCAACCCCUGAGCGCAGAAGGCCAGGUGAAGACAUACGAGGCAUGAGUGGCCUCCAGAAUCGGGUUUGUUUGAAAAACGUGUAGCGGUUCUACCAGCGGAGAUUGGUACAAGUGUUGUAUAAUGUUACUACUAGAAGUAUUACUUGCUGCUACCGCUCUCCGUGUGUUGGUGAGUGGGGUAGGUGGGUGGUCGUGGCAGCGCGUAGUCAUCCAUUCUGGAUUUUGAUGUUACCGAGGGGAAUGACCACCGUCCAAAUGUUAAACUUUUCAUUUUACCUAUUGGUUCUCGGUGUUGCAGGUAUUAACAUUGGCUUAUUAGGAGUUAUGUGUUUAUAUUUUUUUUGCUUGGUUAUUCGGCUACACAAGAUUGACAUUGGGCUCUUUGGUUGUUGCAUCGAGAGGCUGUCUGGGGCGAGAGAUCAAGCUCAUGUAUGAUGUAGCGUACAAGGAAAGGACACAUAAGUUACCUAGCCACGAAUUGAAGUCUGAAUCCAAAGCCACAAUCACUCAAC